AUGUCCAAGUCAACGAUCGUCGAUACUCGCGUGAGGUUAGUGCCCUCAAAGAAGCUGCUGGAUUUCCUGGACGCUCAGAAGGAGCACUUUCAGCAGGUGCCCGAAAAUGUGGCAAAAAUUGUGAAGCAGAAGGGUGUCACCCUGCCUCUUAGCACGAAGAUAAUUAAGAAUAAUGAUGUAGUCAGCAAACGUCCAAAGAUCGACCAAGUUCUGUUGGAGAAACUAACUGAGAAUAUACCCAACAUACCUGAAGAGCUUAUAAAGGAUAAAGCAAAAUCCACAGAGACAGAUAACGAUAAGUCAGAAACACCGAAGGAGAGAAAAAAUGUGCUGUAUUUGAGUGAUCUGCAUUGGCUUGCUAGCACCCUAGACGAACUGCGUCGACAAAAUCACUGCCAGGUGUUUUUACACCAGCUGAUUGAGUCCAGUGAACUCAUUCUGCCCGAGAACGAGAUAAAGCCACGCAAUCCCGAAUUGGAAGCACGGUGCCAGCGGCUUCGCGCAGAACAGCACAACCGGGACUACCUGAAAAUGACCAAGAAUGUGGAUGCCGGCCUAAAACACUACCCCGAAGACACUAUUUCCUAUCAAAUCAAAAGCCUCAACAAGCAGAUCAUUGCCGUCGUGCAGUUCAUCUUUUCCGUGGCCGCUGGCUUUACUUUCGGUUUCUUUGGCGUUAACUUAAUGGUGGGCCCUCUGCCCUUCGGCUUUCGCAUUCUGCUGGGCGUGAUUGUGGCGCUCAUCAUUGCCCUGGCCGAAAUGUACUUCCUGGCGAAGAAGCUGCACGAGUACGACGAAGUGCUGGACGCGCCCAAACGCAAACAGCAGACUGCGACUCCAGUCAAGCGGACUGUAGUCGCCAAGCCGCCGGCUGAAGGAAGCCAGGUGCAGACUUUGAAACCCCAUGCUGACUAGACAAUUAAGGAAUUAUUUUCGUUCUUUAUGUACACACACAUCCUUGUAUUAUUUCGCGUUGCAAUGUUAGGUUAUAUAAAUA